UACACACAGUCAGCUGUUCUGAGCUAUGUCAGAAGAUGACGGAUACAUUUGUAGUGGAAGGACAAGUUAAAUUCAGAGAUGGGAAAAAGUGGAAGAGUCGUUGGGUCGCGUUGCGGAAGCCGUCCCCAGUCGCAGACUGCCUCUCUCUCCUGGUCUACCGGGAUAAGUCAGAUAAGGUCAGGGGUCGUCGUGAGCGGCUGCAGAUGACCUUGGAGGGGAUCUGUGGAGUGGAGCCGGGGUUAGGGUACGACGGGGUGGCCUACACCCUCACCAUCCUCUGUCUGGGACACACAGUGGGACUGGGCUUCGACAGCAGAGAGGGGCUGACGGCAUGGGACGCUAGGCUGAGAUACAGCCUGGGAGAAGUCCACAGGUUCAGUGUAGGCGUUCAGCCAGGAACUAAGCUAGAGAGUGGUCCCGCCUCCCUGCACCUGUGCAACAACCUACUGGUCCUCACUAGGGACCUCCCGCCGGCCGUGAUUGGCCAGUGGAAGCUGUCAGACCUGCGUCGCUAUGGCGACGUGCCCAAUGGCUUUGUGUUUGAGGGUGGCACUAGAUGUGGAUACUGGGCUGGUGUGUUCUUCCUGUCCUGUUCAGAAGGAGAGCAGAUCAGUUUCCUGUUUGACUGUAUAGUCAGAGGCAUCUCUCCAAGUAGAACACCUAGUGGCCUCAGACCUAACCUACCAGAUCCCAGUGCUAGCCGGUCCUCCUCAGAGGAGAGGAUCAACCAUGAAACAUCGGAUCUAGAGAGAAGACUCAGCAUGCUGUCUCACAGCAGUAGACAGAGCAGUACAGCCUCCAACUCCAGUUACAGCACCUCCAUUGCCGGGGACGACCGCAGCAGUAUCUCUUCCUCUUCCUCCAGCCAAUCAGACGCCAGCUACGGAAGCCACUUCCCUUUAUGGCCAGGGCCAAAACGCCCCACUUCCUCAACCGAGACCCUGUCGGCCCCUCCCACUGCGAGGUCCUCGACCAAUCUGGACGAGGAUCUCUAUAACGCUGUCAUGAACCGCACUCCUUUCAAACCGGCUUCCCACCUUCGCAGUCUCCACGACAGCGGGCGCCAAAGCUCGUUGGACAGCGGGAUAGGCGUCGCCACGGCCAGCAGCCAAUCGUCUUACUCUGGGAGCUUCUCUUCCUGUACGGGCAGCCUGGACACAGCCAGUCAAGGGGGAGGGGAGGAGUUUGGGUCUGUCCUUAGUCUACCUCCCCCUCUUCUCUCUCUGCCUCCUCUUUCUCUACCUCCCCCUCCUCCCUCUCUACCUCCUCCUCCUCCACCCAGUCUACCUCCUCCACCUCCUCCUCUGUCCUUAAGGACCCCUGAGCCCGGCCCUCUCUCCCCCCCUACUCCCGGCUCCUGCCUCCCGUCUUGCUCCUCCUCCUCCUCCAGGACUAGUGGUUGUAGCUCUGGCGCCCCCCGGUGUCAGAGUGAGGAGUACCAGGCACCCAGCCUUCUCAGACUACAGUAUGACAGCCCCAGGAACCUCCUGCACACCCUGGGCUUCAGGGAUCCUCCACCCCAGGGAGGAGCAUCCGAACUGGGCAGGGACAGGCGGAUCGGUGGGGAUGGAGAUCAAGGACAGAUCCAGGGGCAUGAGUGUCCUUCCCUUCCUUCCACCCCCACUGAGGCCUCUCUCCAGUGGGUAGAGACCCCGAGGCAGGCCUCCGUAGAAAGGCACCUGUCCUGGAGCAGUGAGAGAGCGCCCCCUGUGGACAAUGGUGAUCGGUGCAGCAUCGUGUCCGCUCGGCUCACACCCAGACCUCUGCUGUUACCUGGCUGUCCAGUGUGUGGAGAAACCCAGAGUCAUCAUCCCUGUAUAGAUCACAACUACAUUACCCAUGAGCAAUGGUUCUCAGCUAGAAAGAGACAUGUUACGCAGACAAACAGCCCUUCACAUUCAGGGCUUUCCCCAACACCAGAUCCACCACCCCAGUGUAGAGAGGUGGUGCGGGGUGAGGCGGGCCUCUCUCACCCUCUAGAACCCUCCUAUUCACCCCCACCUCCCCCCGGCACGAUGACGCCAAGCAGACAGACCUCAGUCUCUGGCGGGAGAUUCUUUAAGUUUCCUCCGGAUGCUUCUGUCAUGAUGAUGUCAUCAGUCCUGGACAGGCGUCACCACACCGACCCCAGUGUGAACUACGUCAACAUCCCCGUUAGCCCUGCGGCUAAAGCUAACAGAGCUGGCAGAGAGCUGCUGUACAUGGAGCUGGAUCUACAGCCAGAGCCCUACGGUGGGCCAGUUUCCACCAACAUCACUACAGCGAGGGGUAACCCUGUGCAGCUGCGCAGACCCAUAGGGGGCUCCACCACAUACGCCCACAUAGACAUCACAGCCUCAGAGACAGCUCAGAGAGUAGCAGCAGAACAUGCCCAGGGGAGAGAGGACAGGCUGAUGGAGCUGGAGGAGAACACGCCCAGGGGAGAGAGGACAGGCUGAUGGAGCUG